UGGUGGAAGCAAACUAUGGCUAUUGCUUAAUGACUGCAGAGAGAGAAAGAGAGAAGCUUUAUAGGAUCAUUUCGGGGGGAGAAUAUUUGGUCAACUCGAAGACGAUGCUAUGUGAUGGUCUUUCUACGUGAUGGAAUUACACUGUAGACUGAAACUUGUAGAUGAGGAUUCACCACUACAGGACUUUUUCUUGGGUUCCUAAUGACCUAGGGAUUGGACCCUGUAGGACAGGAGACUCCAGUGAGGUUUUUAUUUCAGGCCGAGCCCCGAUUGGACGGCUGAUGCCCUUACGUGUUGUGUGUGAAGGACAGUUUGGUUUUAGAUCGAGUCCUUAAACUGACAGCCACCGAAGCUCUCGAAAUCCUUGUAGAUACAGAAGGACAGCUGCUUCUGAAAGUCCCGGAUUAUCACUCUUAUGGAGGAGGACAGGACAAAAAAGUGGAGGGGGUGAACGCCGGCUGUCUUUGAAAUAUAUUUCAGGUGGACAGAGAUUGUGUUUUUCCAACCUCUAUACUUGCCAGAGGACACUGCUGCUACACAACGUGGACAUCAGAAAACAUGCCUCAUAGUAAGGGUUCGAAGUAAGGGUGGAGAAUGAACCUGUGAGGAGUGACCAUCUCGGGAGAUUUGAAUGGACUGGAAUGGGUAGGCCGACCCCUAGACGUUAUCUCUCAAGAUCUCCAGACAGUGUCCUCUUCAAGACCGUGCUUCUGCUAAUUUUCUGGGAGCAAGUGGAUGCGCAGUGUAAAAUUGUGAAAUGUAACACGGAUUAUGUUGCCGCCAUAUCGAAUCCAAGGAUCUCCAACAAGAACGCUGUAUUCUGCAACGCCUUACGUGCAUAUUCCCAGUGCACUCGUAACACGGCCCGGACCUGCCGCGGAGACUUGGUGUACCACUCUGCCGUUCACAUCAUUGAGGAUCGUAUGAUUCAGCACAACUGCUCGAAGGUGGGGCCCACCGCUCCACCCAGAAGGCAGCUGCCGCAGCCUCUUCCCAAUGGUCAUGUGAAGCAGGCCUGUGAUUAUGACAAGGUCUACCGAGAAAAACACGAGAUUGAUCCCAAGUAUCUGCACUGCGGGGUUUUUGGGGACCCCCAUGUUCGCACUUUCAGUGGUGACUUUCAAACUUGCAAGGUGAAGGGGUCAUGGCCUCUUCUAGACAAUGAAUAUCUGUUUGUCCAGACAACCAGCACACCGCUUCAACCUUCCUCCAAUGCUACAGUCAUCAGCAAGCUAACGAUCAUCUUCAAGAACAUGAAGCAGUGCAUUGACCAGAAAGUUUACCAGGCAGAAGUGGGCAACCUUCCAGCAGCUUUCGAUGACGGCUCUGUCAAUGGCGGCAGAAGAGCAGGUGGCAGCAGCCUCACCAUUCAUGAGAAGGAGCCUGGGAAGUACAUAGAGAUCCACGCUGCUUUCAUAGGCACCACGAUCCGUGUGCGCCAGCUGGGCAGCCAGCUGUCAUUCUCCUUACGUAUGGCGGAGGAGAUCUCUCAAGCUUUUCGCGAAGAGCAGGACUUACAGCUCUGUGUAGGUGGCUGCCCAUCCAGUCAACUGAUCUCAAGGACUAAAGACCUCAGCAGGACUCACUUUCUGAGCAUGGAGAGCGCCCGGUCGCUGUGCAGGGAGCGGCUGGCCGUAGAAGACAUGUAUUUUGAAUCGUGUGUGUUUGACUUGAUGGCGUCAGGGAAUGUCAAUUUGACGGACGCAGCUUUUCACGCCUUGGAAGAUGCCAGAGAUUUUCACCCUGAACCGGGAACACUACAUAUAUUCAGCAAAGCGGAGAGUAGAGCAGGGUUAUCGCUCAGCCUGUUACUUGUGCUCACUCUCAUCGGGAAUAUAAAUCCCUUUGCUUGAACUUUCCAAAAUGGAGGGUGUUGCUUAUCAGCCCAUCAGGAGCGUCUCUGCAUUUCUAGCCCUUUCUACGUAAAACGACCGGUUACUUUGUAAAUGUAUUGUUCUUCUGCUGAUUUUCAGCUACUUUAUGUUAUUGAGCGGUUUUCAAAAUCUUGCUGGUUGCCCUUAGAAACAGACAAAGGUUUAGCCCCACCCUGAUGUCAGACAUGUGACAUAACGCCUAGCUUUUACGGGUAUGUUCACACUACUUUCAUUUUGUGGAUUUUCUGCCUGUGAUGAAAACCAUGUAAAAUCUGUGCCCCACUGUUUUCAAUGGGACAUGGAUGUUGCCCAUCAUUUAAAAUUUACGCCAAGUACUGACAUCACGUCUUAAUGUAGAAACCGCAAUGGUUUCCCAAAAGUGGAUUAAAUGUGGCUAAACCACAUGUGGACCUGCAGCACUUCAAUCUGCAAGUGGGAUUUCUGAUGCAGAUUCCGAACUAGGGCUGUGUUCACAUUGCGCUUUUGUCAUAUGUUUAACGUACACAAAAAAAGUAUAUGAUAACAGAUGCCUCAGAAGAUGGCAUCCAUCACCAUAGAGUUCCAUUAAAUAAAACGUUAAUGAACAUAUGACAAAAACGUGAUGUGAACCAUACUGUGUAACUGAUAUAUGAGCCCCCACAAUGCACUGCACUCUAGAAGCCACCAGAAAUUAGCCUAAAGGGGUUGGCCAAGUGCUGGGAGCACUUAAUAGAAUAACAAAUACUCAAUUUCAGCUGACCCUGGUGGUCCAACCCCACUGCUGCUCUGGUCCCUGCCAGUCUCUAUCCACUCCCAGUCCAGUGCUGCCGCUGCUCCGGAUCCUGACAGUCUCUGUUCACUUCCGGGCAGCAGUCACAUUGAAAUAAGUCAUUGGCCACAGUGGUCACAGGCUUAGACAGCACGCUGCUGUUUUUUUAAUUCACCAAAUGCCCAAAAGACGCAAUGCUGGCUACCUGCACUUGCCACUAGAGGGAGCUUACUGAAUACUGCAUUGUUAUUAAGUUCUAUGUAUAAACAGUAUGUAGAAAGCUCUUUAGCUCCCUCUGCAGGCAGCCAAAAUAUUGCAGUCUUCUGAACCCAUGCAGGGAUUUGGAGCUCUGUAGCAGUAAGAUAAAGCUCUGGCUGCUAUAAACUUACAUUAAAUAAUUAACCAGCGCAACACGAUGAUUAACCCCUUAAUUCUGUAGGACGUAUGCUUUAGGCCAGGGCUGGCCAACCUGCGGCUCUCCAUCUGUUGCAAAACUACAACUCCCAGCAUGCCCAGUCUACCUACAGCUAUCAGCCUACAGCAGGGAAUGGUGGGAGUUGUAGUUUUACAACAGCUGGAGAGCCGCAGAUUGGCCAGCCCUGCUUUAGGCGGUUGUAUGGAGCAGGAUCACAAGCUGAGCUCGCUACAUACAUGGCAAGUGCCGCCUAUAUAAUACAGCAGACACCUUCUUGCAGUGACCGGAAUUGGAGAUAACUCAAGAUCCUAUUCAUUUAACCCCUCAGAUGCCGCGGACGCUAUUGGGGUAAGAGAGAGGGAGGGGGGCUCCCUCUGUUCUUUGAUCGUUACCCCGCGGCUCUGAUUGGUUGCUAUGGCAGCCUGGGGGUUUGCAAAGGCUGCCAGGCCUAUCAUAGUGAGCUGCCUGUAAAAAUCCCAUAGACUGCAUUACAGGCUAUGGAAUAAGCGACUAGACGAUUGUAUGUAAGGCGACUAAAAAGUACAGUUAGAAAA